UAGUUGGUACAUGUGUCCCCAGCACAUCAAUCCAGAAGAAGCCGUAAAGAUCCACAUGGAUAUCAGAGCAAAGCAGUCGGUCGCAGUCCACUGGGGUACCUUUAAUUUGAGCAACGAGGAGUACGACCAGCCGGUGAAGGACUUGCACACGGCUCGCGCUAAGAAACUGGUCGACGCUACGUCGUUCAUCGAGUUGAAACACGGAGAGACGAAAACUUUCCCGUCGGGAAGGAAUCCAGACCUUCUCCUCACCGCGCGUACGCAGCGGACGCAGAUGAGAGGAAUCACCGACGAAUGGCGUCCGCUCUCUGAAGCGUUAACGAGCGAUUCGUUAGCGUCCCCUCUUUGAAGCGUUAAGGAGUGAUUCAUUAGUGUCCCCUCUCUGAAGCGUUAACGAGCAAUUCGUUAGCUUUCCCUCUCUGAAGAGUUAGUUCGUUAAUGAGCGAUUCGUUAGCGUCCCCUCUCUGAAGAGUUAGUUCGUUAACGAGCGAAUUGUCUAUUCCACUCUGUGAAGCCUUAACGAGCGAAUCGUCUAUUCCACUCUGAGGCCUUAACGAGCGAAUCCCGUCCCCUCUCUGAAGCGAUAAUUAUAUAUAACGAGCGAAUCGUCUUGUCACGUCGUCAACUUAAGCGGGGUCUACACUACCGACUUUGUGUUGGCGAAUUGGCGAGUUGGACCAACCUUCCAAUUCGGCAACUCCGAGUUGGCGAAAA